AUGGCCCGAUUCUCAGUUCCAACCAAGGCCAGGCUGCCUUCCUCAUUGCGCGUUGAUUCUUCAAACCCAGCCGUCAUAAAGAGCCUGGGCCGACUAUCUCGUGAAGCACUCAUUUCCUUGGCCAUCAGCUGGCUUGAUGGAGAUACCAUAGCCAACGCAGUGCCGUACCUGGAGCGAAGGGAUGACGAAGAUGAAGUUGAUCCAGAUGAUAUUUACCCCCCGUGUGGAUCAGUCCAGGAGCUCUAUGAGCUUUAUGUGGACAUGCAGCAGCAAAAGGGGUCGAAACGCGAUGUAGCCAACCGCAUACUGGAAGGAGAUUGGAGACACGGGCUAUCACUGUACCAGCUUGCCAUGGUCGACUUUUACUAUCUGGAGGAGCAUCCGAUGUCGCAGAAAUGGACGGCUUAUAAGAUACUCCCGCUAAAAACUCCAACCAAAGAUGCCGACGAUGAAAUCCUUCAAGUGGACGACAAGGCGCUGAAUGUCCCCCGUUUUCACCCUUCAACGUUUCUCCAGAGCCUUCAGGACCAAGUCCUGCCGGAUAUUAAGGCUCAUUAUCAUUUUCAUCGACCAAAAGAUCUUUCAGUUCUGCUGCUACGCAUAUUCGUCAUUGAAUCUCCCUACAACAGCAGUCUGGCCCUGUCCAGUGUUACCGGAAGUGGGAGCUCCACCAAUUUCACAUCAUCUCGGACGGUAUACCUGGCAUUCCCGGAUGGCUCCUCUCAUAUCUAUAUCACCAAAUCUCAAGCCAACGGCCCAUCUGCCAUGGGUGAAUCGAAAAGCCUCCAAAAUCUGAUUAUUCAUGGUGUCCCAAAGGCAUUAUCUAGGCCAAGAGAACGAUAUACCCUAAAGCCAACAAGCCUUACGAGCAGAAACUUGGAGACUCUCCUAGACAAAAGGGGACCUGGGCGGGGAAAUGCGGCAGGAGGUGGUUGGAGCAUUUAUGCCUCUGAGAAGAACAAAAAAUCACCCCUCGAUGCCAUUCUUCCUAGCCCUCCGCUUUCAAGAGACUCCUCCCUCUCUGACCAGAAUCGCAAGAGAGUAAUACCGCUGAAUUCGGAUCAGCGAUCUGCUAAACGAGCUAAGCUGGUUGCUCAAGCGCGGUUUGGCGACUCUGGCCUCAUAGCUGAUGGAAAAGGGAUUGAAAGGGUUGACGUUUUGCUCAAAGAUCCAUUUCCGACACCUGCUGCUGCGGAGAACCAAGGAUUGGAAGAAGAGCAGGCGAAUGCCCCCAACGAGGCUUCAGUUUCAGCUCGACGCAGGACGAUUGACGCAGUGCUUCGUCAAGCUGCCGAUGGCGACGAUGAAGAAUCGAAUGAGCCUGGAAAUCCUUCACAGUGGCAACCGACAGUGCAAAUCACGUUCCAAGGGAAUCACGUCUUUGCUGGCAUCCGACAGCUUGUUGAAGCCGGCAUUGUGGAUGGCGAGCGCAUGCCCGGUUGGAUGACGGGUGAGGAUGGCGUUACUAUAGGCGUUGUAAAGCAUGGACGGAUACGGGGCAACAAGGGAUCGGGGCUGUGA